AUGUCUCCCACCACAGAGGACCUCGUUGACCAGGUUGAGCCGCAGCCCGGCCCAAUAAGUCCAUCACACUCAUGGAGAGUCCAGACAGACCUCUAUGACCAUCAUCUCGUCCAAUUCUGGAGGCCAGAGGACCUCCCGCCCACUGCGCCGCCGCUGGCCCCGGGCCACUACCGGCUGCGCUGUCAUUGCGGCAGCACUGAAACCACGGUGGACUGGCCCGAAGAGCAGGCCGACGCCUACCAUGCCAGGUUUGUCAGGCGUCUCGGGUACUACCAGAACAAUGAGAAUGGUUAG